AUGGCCCAAAUGUUGGAAGCAAAGGGAGGAAAAGGAGGAAAAGGAGGAAGCCAGUGGGAUGAUUUAGCUGACCAUGACAAUGUGACAAAGAUUUGUGUACGAGGUGGUCGUGAAGGUAUUCAGCACGUCCAGUUCGAUUAUGUCAAGAGUGAACAACCCAAAACUGGACUAAUCCAUGGUGCCUUUGGUAAAGGUUUCACACAAACGUUUGAAAUUAACCAUCUCAACGGUGAGCAUCUAGCCUCAGUAAAAGGUUGGUAUGACAAUUUAUCAGGUGUGAUUCAAGCUCUUCAAUUCGAAACAAACUACAAAACUUCUGACGUCAUGGGAUAUGAUGGGAAUAAUACUACCAAGUUUACACUUGAAGUAAACGGAAAGAAAAUCAUUGGGUUUCAUGGAUAUGCUGAGGCAAACCUAAACUCGUUGGGAGCAUAUUUCACAACAAUCACUCCUGCUAAACUAGCAUGCCAAGGUGGCUCAGGUGGCAUUUAUUGGGACGAUGGUGUAUUCACCGGUGUAAGGAACGUGUACAUAUAUGCUACCAAUGAGAUAAAGUGUAUCAAAGUCGACUACGACAAUGGGGGCAAAGUGAAAACGAUUGAGCAUGGAGAUAACAAAGGAACACAACUUGAGUUUGAGUUGGACUAUCCAAAUGAAUAUAUCACAUCGGUUGAGGGGAGCUGUGAUCCAGACACCGGAGGUGCAACUCGUGUUAGGUCGUUAACUUUUAAAACAUCCAAAGGAAGAGUCUCUCCCACGUAUGGAAAUGUGAAUACACGCACGUUCGUGUUAGAGAGCAAAGGUAGGGCUCUUGUUGGGUUCCAUGGACGGUCAGGUUGGGCUAUUGAUGCUAUCGGUGCAUAUUUUGGUCCACUCCCUAUUGAUCUUCCUCCUCCCGCUGAAAAACUGCAAGCAAAAGGUGGUGAUGGAGGAGAUUUGUGGGACGAUGGUGUUUUUGACGGUGUGAAGAAGAUAUAUGUGGGACAAGGUGAGAAUGGUGUUUCAUCCGUCAAGUUUGAAUAUCACAAGAACAACUCGGUAGUUGCAAAAGGUGAUCAUGGAAAGAAAACAAUGCUUGGAUACGAGGAGUUUGAGCUGGACUUUCCGAGUGAAUACAUCACAGCAGUGGAGGGUUGUUUCGACAAAGUGAUGGGAAGUGAAAGUGGAGUUGUAACCAUGCUUAAGUUCAAGACCAACAAGCGAACCUCUCCACCAUUUGGACUUGAAUCGACCUCAAGCUUCCUCAUUGAGAAGGAAGGUUACAAAAUCGUAGGUUUCCAUGGAAAAGCUAGUCACGAGGUUCACCAGUUUGGGGUCCAUGUUGUGCCCAUCACUCAGUGA